AUGUCUGCUGCGAGUGCAGACCAGUAUCCGCCGCGGGUGUGGUACCGCAAGGUACCGCUGGUGCGCUGCGCCCCCAUCCUCGAUCCCCUCUCCGAGCCGGCCGUGGUCAGCAGCGUCAAUAAUCAAGAUGUUGACUCCAUCGCAGAUGCUGCAUGCUAUGCGACACCCGUAUUCCCAGAGGUGCAUGCCAGUUGGCUCUCUCUGCUCACUUUCGGAUGGCUUGGCAGGAUCCUAUCCAUAGGGUACACGAGGCCAUUGCAAGCGGAGGAGCUGUACUCGAUGCCUGAGCAUCGCCGAGCACACCUGUAUGCCGACAAACUGGAACAGGCGUGGGAGCGCCGAGUAGCCAUCGCCGAGCAGAAGAACGCUCGAAAGACCGAACCAGGGCUCGCAUCCAAGCUCGCCUGCCUUCGACCCUCUACGAUAGUAAGCAGGCUCAGGGGCCAGCCUGUAGCGGCGAGGCAGCCGCAUCGGCCAAGUCUGACGCUCGCUCUCAAUGAAGUCACACUCUCCUGGUUCUGGGUGGGUGGAGCAUUCAAAUUCUUGGGCGACAUGGCAUUGAUUACCAGUCCUCUACUCGUUCGAGCCAUCAUUGAUACUUUGGGCGACCAAUCGCCUCAAGCACAACGAGAUGGCUUCGGCUUAGCGGUUGGCCUUUUUCUGCUGCUUGUGGUAUCGGUCUUUGGCAACGUUCACGGAUUCUACAGGUCUUACUCGACAGGCAUUGCUCUUCGUGGUGCCCUGAUUCACGUCAUCUUUCGGCGAGCUACACAACUAUCGGAGAAAGCACGGGUUCGAGACUCUCUGGGCACCGGCAAGCUGAUGAGCCUCGUCAGCGCCGAUGUGUCAAGGAUAGACUUUUGCUGCGGCUACUUUCACAUGGGCUGGACCUCCUUGCUGCAGAUCAUAGUCUGUCUGGCGCUCAGCAUUUGGACACUGGGCUACAGCGCACUGCCGGGCUUUGGUUUGAUCGCGCUUCUUUAUCCGCUUCAGAACGUCAUGGUGCGCAAGCUCUUCGAACUGCGCCGCAAAAGCUUGGUAUUUACAGACGCGCGUAUCAAGGCCAUCGUCGAAGCUGUGGCUUCCAUCCGCCUGAUCAAGACAUACGCCUGGGAACCUGCCGUCUUGUCACGAAUCUCAAAGACCAGGGGCGGUGAAAUGGGCUACUUGCGCAAGCGACUGAUUCUUCGUUCCAUCAACACUGCUGUCAGCUUCACCGCUCCAACUCUGGCAGCUGUAGUGAGCUUUGUCACUUUCAGCGCUGUUGGAAACUCUCUGGAAUCGGGCAAGAUCUUCUCGGCUUUGACCUUUUUCUUGCUUCUUCGGACACCGCUCCAGAUGCUUCCGAUCGUGCUCAGUGCUCUUGCGGACGCAAAAGCAGCAGUAGAUCGGCUCGAGGCGUUUUUGCAUGCGGAUCUGCGCUCGCCAUAUGACGCAGCCGGACCGCAGAUCACUCCGCUUGAUCGGAUGCCGCAGGCAAAUGACAUGGUUGCCAUCGAAGACAGCGUCUUCGCUCAUCACGACGACGAUCUGGAGAGCGAGUCCGCAGGCGAGAAAGUGGCCCAGCCUGCUGGAAGGAAUCAACUGGCGACUCGGCUGACCAUCGAUUCAUUCCACGUGAAAAGAGGUCAGCUUGCUUGUGUGGUGGGGCCGGUAGGCUCGGGAAAGUCUUCUCUACUUCGCGCCCUGAUUGGAGACAUGCAGCCAGCUGGUCAGGCCGGCACCGGAGCAUUGGUCGCAGGCAAAAUCUCAUAUUGUCCGCAGACUGCGUGGCUGUUGAGCGCGAGCGUGCGUGACAACAUCUUGUUUGGACGGCCAUAUGAGGAAGUCCGAUAUCAAGACAUUCUACGCCGCUGCUGCUUACAUGCCGAUCUUGCGACCCUCUCGCACGGUGACGAGACGGUCGUUGGGGAAAAGGGUAUAUCCCUUUCUGGCGGUCAGAAACAGAGAAUCAGCCUUGCUCGCGCUUUGUACAGCUCAGACACGAAAGUCCGCCUUCUCGACGACUGUUUCUCGGCUCUUGAUGCCCAGGUCGGCAAGGAAGCAUUUGAGGAAGGCUUGUUGAAAGGGCGUCAAUAUGGCGACGCCACCGACGUUACUACCAUCCUAGUAACACAUUCGUUGACACUACUGGCUAGGGCCGAUAUCAUCUUCUACAUGGAUGGAGGCUCAAUCGUCGAGCAGGGUACGUACGCACAGCUCAUGCAAGUACAAAACGGACGCUUGGCCAGUCUCGUCAGUCAACACGGCAAGAGCGAAGAAUCUGUACAAGAAAGCGCUGCUGAAGCUGCCGCGGAAAGUCAGACACCUUUCAAAGCCGGCGAUGCCGAGCAAAAGCCCCACACAAUCGCCGAUGGCGGUGCAGAGGCGAAGACGGCGGCGCAGUCGAAGGACACGGCGAUCAUGCAAAAGGAAGAGCGUCUGGUGGGCUCAGUCACUAAGCGCACAUACUUGAACUACGUCCUACUCGGUUACCCCCUCCUCACCGCACCGCUGUUCAUCGUCUCCAUCGUUGCUUAUCAAGCAACGACUAUCCUGAGUCCAUUUUGGCUCAAUUGGUGGCAAGGGCGCACUUUGCGGGGCGUUUCAAACGAUACGUACAUGGCCGUCUAUGCCGCACUGGGUGUGGGGCAGAGCCUCGGCUUAUUCUGCAUGAGCGCAUCAUUUGCAAUGUUUGCGUACUACGUUUCCAACGCCAUUCAUGCCAAGGCGGCAAAGAGGGUGAUGCACGCUCCGAUUUCCUUUUUUGACACUACACCUCAAGGACGCAUCACCCACCGAUUCAGCAAGGACAUCGAUGCGAUCGACAAUAUUGUUGCGGAGACGUUGCGCCUCUUCAUCAGCACGACAGUGCAAGCUCUCGGAUCCAUCGUCCUCGUCGCCAUCAUCUUGCCUCCAUUCCUCGCAAUCGCUGCGUUCGUGCUGUUGGCUUACGUCUGGACAGGAAUGUACUACAGACCCAGCUCGAGAGAGCUAAGACGCCUCAACAAUCUCUUGAGGUCCAAGAUCUACGAGCACUUCAGCGAAGCCUUGUCUGGACUCGUCACCUUACGGGCGUACGAUGCCUUGGCUCUUUUCGUACGCGAAAACGGGCGACGUAUCGACACCGAGAACAAAGCUUACUGGUUGUCCAUUGCGUGUCAACGCUGGCUGAACCUGAGGCUGGACAUGUUCGGAGCCGUGCUCUGCCUCGGCACCGCUCUCUUGGUCGUCGGUCUCAGAGACACCAUCUCCCCCGGGAAAGGUGGCGUGGUGCUAUCUUACAUGGUCACGGUACAGAGCGUCUUUGGCCAGAUGAUCCGACAGUCAGCAGAAAUCGAGAACAACAUGAACAGCAUCGAAAGGCUGCUGUAUUACGCAAACGAGGUGGAUCAAGAACGUCCUCAUCACGUCAAGAGCAUCGACAAGUCGCUCGAAGCUGCAAAGUGGCCUCAAAAGGGUCACGUUAGAUUCGAUGGACUCACUGCAAGCCAUCGAAAGGGACUGGCACCAGCCUUGAACCAUGUCAACCUUGAUAUCCAACCCGGGCAGAAGAUUGGGGUUGUGGGACGUACGGGCGCAGGUAAGACGACGUUGUUGUCUGCUCUGCUCAGGAUGAUGGAAGCUUCCGAAGGCGAGGUCACCAUUGAUGAUCAAGAUAUCAGCGCGAUUGGCCUAUCCCUGUUGAGAAGAAGCAUCUCGGUGAUCAGUCAGGAUGCUGUACUCUUUAGGGGAAGCUUGCGGUACAAUUUGGACCCUUUCGAUGAGCACGAUGAUGCCCAUCUCUGGCACGCGCUUCGCCAAGCAAAAUUGACAGCCGUCCAAGCAGUUGUCGAGACGGAGCAGACGCUGAGUGAGGAUGUGAAAGUGCACGUCGAUCGUGCCAAAGAGAUUCAGACAGCCAAAGCAAAGGGUCUAGACCUCGACAUGGAGAUUCUCGAAGACGGUAGCAAUCUUUCGCAAGGCCAGAGAGCCUUGGUCUCGAUCGCCAGAGCGCUUGUGAAGAACGCGAGGAUCGUGGUGCUCGAUGAAGCUACUGCCUCUGUGGAUACCGACACCGAUGCACAUAUACAAGCGAUGCUGCAGACCUCGUUGGUGGACUGCACAGUGAUCACAGUUGCGCAUCGUCUCGACACAGUCGUGGGUCGCUCAGAUGCGAUUUGCGUCAUGGACAAGGGAAGAGUGGCAGAGUAUGGAGAGCCUGCCGCAUUGUAUCGACAAGGUGGCAUUUUUGCUCAGCUGUGCGCCAGCGCAUCCAUCAACGAGACAGACAUAAAGAAAGCCAAAGAGAUUGCCGGAAGAGUGUAG